CGCCCAGCGCGGCGUUACAGUCAGAGCCCUGGCUCGUGGCCCUGACAGCUGCCCAGCUUCAGGCGCCAUGGAGGAUGCCGCGGCCGCAGCCCGGCUGGGCACGAUCCUGCGACACCUCUGCCCCCGGACGGGCGCUGCCGCCCUCACAACAUUUCCUACUUCAGCACAAAUUGCUUCUUUUAAACACCAAUUGGAGUUUCAUUACACCCUGGACAAUAACCUUUUAACUCCAGAGCAGAGACAGUUUUAUGAUGAAAAUGGUUACCUGCUCGUUAAAAACCUAGUUUCUGGUGAAGACAUUGAGCGUUUCAGAAAUGAAUUUGCAAAGAUCUGUAAAAAGGAGGUACAAGUGCCUGGCUUAAUCAUAAUGAGGGAUGUGGCCAUUGCUAAAUCAGAGUUUGUACCAGAUCAAAAAGCAGUUACUAAAAUACAGGAUUUUCAGGAAGAUGAAGAGCUCUUCAGAUAUUGUACUAUGCCUCAGAUCCUAAAAUACGUUGAGUGCUUCACAGGGCCAAACAUCAUGGCCAUGCACACGAUGUUGAUAAAUAAACCUCCAGAUUCUGGCAAGAAGAGCUCUCGUCAUCCCAUGCAUCAGGAUUUGCACUACUUUCCAUUCCGGCCUGCAGAUCUCAUUGUGUGUGCCUGGACUGCCAUGGAGCCGAUAGAUCGCAGCAAUGGCUGCCUGGUUGUUUUGCCAGGAACACACAAGGGUUCCCUGAAGCCACAUGAUUACCCUGAUUGGGAGGGUGGCGUUAACAAGAUGUACCAUGGGGUGCGUGAUUACAACAAAAACCUUCCCAGGGUUCACCUUGUUAUGGAGAAGGGAGACACAGUAUUCUUCCAUCCCUUGUUGAUUCAUGGCUCUGGAAUGAACAGAACUCAAGGCUUCCGGAAGGCGAUAUCUUGUCACUAUGCUAGUGCAGAUUGCCACUAUAUUGAAGUCAAGGGCACAAGUCAAGAAAACAUUGAGAAAGAAGUUGUAGAAAUUGCACAAAGAAAACAUGGUGUGAGCACGUCUAUCACUCUGAAGGAUACUUGGAUGAUACGAGGGCGGCUUGUAAAAGGAGAAAGAACUAAUCUUUAGAAUAGCUUUUGGAAGGCAGAGUUAGAAAAAUGUGUGCCUGAGUAUUGUGUUCCCUGAUCAGAAACCAGGGUCCUCACAAAUUUGCAUUUGCUUUUUUUGUUUGAAUUUAUUCAAAUAUUGCACCAAAUGUUCAUUUACAACAAAAUAUUGUAAUAUGAAUGCACUGAAGUCUAACAAAAUUUAGCUAAUAUACUUAGCAUAUUUUAACCUAUUAACUACAGAAAAUACUUCUAUUUUUGUAAUUUUAAAAAUCAUUUGUUUUAAAAUCCACUGUUUAUUAAAUGGAUGAGAACUCCAAUCAAAUCAGCUCUUUACAUACUCAUCACUCUGUUACUUAAGAACCAAUUUGGAUUCAGAUGUCUCUAUCCUGAUGUAAUUUUGGGCUGCUGUUAAUGUAACUCUUAUGCUAACUCAUGGCUCUAGUGAGUCUAACCCUGAGUGGAAAAGACCAAUUGCAUCAUCUAGCCCUUUCCCCUUGUUGGAGCAUGACUGUGCAUUUUCUAGUCCUUUGUCUAGUUUAUUAAAUGUCUGAAGCAACUGUGCUUUUACCAAUUCCUUUGGGAGGCUAUUGUGGAGUCUAAUAGAUCUCACGGCCAAGAAGUCUUUCCUAAUAUUUAGCCUACAUUUCCCUUCUUCAAUUUUCUACCAUUACUCCCUAUCAUUCUAAAUAAUUCUUCUCUCCUUGUUACUUAUGCAUCAAAUAAUAAGACUUUGUGUGCAUGGAAUUCACAGUAAUGAUCAGCAUGUAUUGUAGUGAAAUGAACACGAUUUGGAGGAAAAUGGCCCUUUCCCUAAAAGACACAUGUAAUAUUCUGAUCAGAAGCAAAGUAAUUUUAACUGUGGUAUGGUCUUCGCUGGGACAGUGGUUAUCUCUGUGGACAGUGAAUUCAUUUGAAACUGAUUGUGUGGGGUUGAGUAACUUUUUUAUCUUUAACCUUACUUGCAUCCUUUCCCAUUUUUAAACAACUGAGAAGGGGUUUCCUCUUUCGAAUCUGGCAUCUGUAGGGGUAUGCUGGGUAGUUGACUCCAGUGCAGGAAAGUUAUACAGAAUGAAAGAAAAUAAACAUUAAAUAAAAAUUGGAAGAAUGGGGAUGCUCAUAAUUAUCACAGGGCAUAAUAUCUGUGGUGUAUUGAAAUACAAUUAUUUUUAAAUCAUUGUUUUGUUUCAAAAAUAAAAAUGUUUUUGAAAUACAGAUUAAACUAGAGCAAAAACCAAG